AUGAGUUAUAUCUAUAUUUAUGAUAGUAAUGGAGAGAAGCAUGGUGUUACAAAAGAAGAACUUGAUUGCUCAAGGUACUUAUCUCGUAUGAUAAAUAACUUAGGAACAAUAACUCAAAUAAAAAUCGAGCAAAUUCCAGCAGAAACACUAGACACAUUGAUUUAUUACAUGAAAAUGUCGGCAAGACCAACAACAGAAAACUGGAUUGCAGAGUCUUUAAACGAAAACAUUGAUAAUCUUACUUCUAUUUUUGAAGGAAGCACAUUUUUAGAAAUUACAGACUUAACUAAUUUCAUUAUUAAUUCGAUUGUUGAUACAAUCAAAACUGCCACAAAUGCUGAUGAAAUUCGUGCUCUCUGCAAUAUUGAAAAUGAUUUCACGCAGCAAGAGGAAGAAUCUGUGCGCAAUCAGAUUUCAUGGGCAUUAUCUGAUCAUCCACCUGCACCAUUUUAA